GCUAUUUCUGGGCAGGGUGAAGCAACGCCGUUUCAGUCUCACCCCACCCUAGGGGGUGAAGACUUCGGCUCCCGUCCCUCCCGUCGGUCCCGUCCGUGCCGUGCCGUGCCGUGCCGUGCCGUGCCGUGCCGUGCCGUGCCGUGCCGUGCAGUGCCGUGCCGUGCCGUGCUGUGCCGUGCCGCCGGCGCGGCCCCGGGAGCGGCAUCCCGCCGCGCUGCCAUGGCCGGGCGCCUGCUGCUCCUCCUGCUCUGCGCCGCGCUGCCCGCCGGGCUCCGCGCUCAGGGAGGCGUAUUCAUCAAGAAAGAAAACGCCGACAAGUUCUUGGAAAGAGAAAAACGCGCUAACUCGUUCUUAGAAGAAAUGAAGCAAGGGAAUAUUGAAAGAGAAUGCAAUGAGGAGCGCUGCUCAAAAGAAGAAGCAAGAGAAGCUUUUGAAGACAAUGAGAAAACUGAGGAAUUCUGGAACAUCUAUGUAGAUGGGAACCAAUGCAACUCAAAUCCUUGUCACUAUGGUGGUCACUGUAAAGAUGGAAUUGGUUCCUACACCUGCUCGUGCUUGGAUGGAUAUCAAGGCAAGAACUGUGAAUUUGUGAUACCAAAGUACUGCAAAAUAAACAAUGGGGACUGUGAGCAGUUCUGCAACAUCAGAAGAGAUGGACAGAAGGAUGUAUCGUGUUCCUGUGCAGAUGGAUAUGCUCUGGCAGAGGAUGGCAAACACUGUGUCCCAACAGUAAAAUACCCUUGUGGAAAAGUUGUUGUGACACGGAAAAAGAGGUCUCUUCUUUUACCCACUGACUAUAGCAAUGUAACAAGUGACCAAGAAUAUCUUCUCACAAACGAAACAAGUGAAGAGGAAGACUUUAUCAUUACCACUGAAAGCCCAACCCCUCAGCCCAACAACAGAACUACUGGCAAGACUCCRUAUGUGGAUACCAGGAUAGUKGGUGGAGAUGAGUGUCUCCCUGGCCAAUGCCCAUGGCAGGCUGUUCUGUUAAAUGAGGAAGGAGAAGAGUUUUGUGGUGGAACAAUUCUGAAUGAAAACUUUAUACUUACUGCAGCUCAUUGCAUCAACCAAUCCAAAGAAAUCAAAGUGGUUGUUGGGGAAGUGGACAGAGAGAAGGAGGAACAGUCUGAAACAAUGCAUACUGUGGACAAAAUACUUGUUCACUCCAAAUUCGUUGCUGAGACUUAYGAUAAUGACAUUGCCUUACUGAAGCUGAAGGAACCUGUCCAGUUUUCGGAGUACGUCAUUGCAGCGUGUCUCCCCAAAGCAGACUUUGCUAAUGAAGUUCUGAUGACCCAAAAAUCUGGGAGGGUUAGUGGCUUUGGGCGUGAAUUUGAAGGUGGACGACUAUCAAAAAAACUGAAGGUGCUUGAAGUCCCCUAUGUUAAUAGGAACAUGUGCAAGCAAUCCACAAACUUUGCAAUAACUGAGAACAUGUUCUGUGCUGGUUAUAAGACAGAGCAAAAGGAUGCUUGCCAAGGAGACAGUGGUGGCCCCCAUGUGACCAGAUAUAAAGACACUUAUUUUGUUACUGGAAUUGUUAGCUGGGGUGAAGGAUGUGCAAGGAAAGGCAAAUAUGGUGUCUAUACCAAAYUGUCCCGGUACUUGCGUUGGGUACGAACAGUCAUGAGUUUGUAGGGUUGGUGUGUYCCUUGAACUUUCUKUUAGCUGCCAAUGUGCAUGUUUUGGAAUGGAGACUCUUUUCCCAUGCAUCUGCUAAGCUCAUUUUGUGAUCUGAUUUCUUAAAGUUAGGGUGCAGCUUCCAUUUAUAUUAUUCCUGGCUUUAAAGCACAUCUCUUUGAACAGGGCUGGUGAUUUGAAUGGGUUGAAUGAGGGAAUUUCUCCAAAGAAAAUGGGUACUUUGUGGGGUCUUUGGUCUCUUUUAGUUAUUUUUCAAAGGCCAUUUUGGUUCUUCUCUCUUUUGACCCAAGAGCUCCUACCAGAGACUCCUAAAGAUGUUAUGAACAUUCAGUAGUCAUGACGAAAGCAGGAAGGACAGGAUUUGAGUUAAUCCUCAUAUUGCAGCCAUCUUUCUGAGCCAGGAGUUUGUCCUUCCUGGAGUUGUUUAGCUCCUACCUUGAGAUGUGUUC